ACACUGGCAAACUCACGUGUCUGUUUUGUAGAGUUGAAGGCGAGCAAACGUCUGUCAUGUGCCAAAUGCUUCAAAAUACAAAAGAAGAUAAGAGGUUUAGGUAUCAAUGCAGUUCUGGAUCACAGCAGAGCAGCUUCAUGUUUUGGAAGAGACCGUCUCCUGCAGACGCUUACUGACUUGGCUGACAAGAAGGAUGCGGAGACCAUGCUUAAAGUUGGUGUUGUCGGUUUCCCUAAUGUUGGAAAGAGCAGCAUCAUCAAUAGUCUGAAAGAGAUCCGAGUAUGUCACGAUGGUGUACAGAGAGGAUUGACCAGAUGCAAGCAAGAAGUGCAUAUUACUAAGAGGGUGAAGAUGAUUGAUAGUCUGAGUGUUGUGGCGGCCUCCAGUAACCCAGGGGCUGAGAUGGCCCUCAGGAGCCUGCAGGUGGAGGAGAAGGAGGAGAGUCCACUGGAAGCGGUCAGAGCUCUGCUCAAACAGUGCAAUCAGCUGCAUAUAAUGUUACAGUAUAAUGUUCCAGACUACCGAAACUCCUUGUAGUUUUUAACCGCCUUUUCCAAAAAACGAGGCUUCUUGCAGAAAGGAGGCGUUCCUAACACAGAGCUGGGAGCCAUGACGUUCCUCUGCGACUGGACGGGGCCAAAACUGAGUUACCACAGUAGAGCUCUAGGGCACCAGGGCCUCCCCUCAUACCUAACUGAUUCCAUCGCGACUGAACUGAGGUCAAAUCUGGAUUUGGACAUAGUGAGGAAGGGAAACGAGAAUGUUAUGAAAGGUGUGCGAUUCCCCAAUGUAGCUUGCAGUAUAAGUUUUAAAUCUAGGGGGCCCACCACUGGUGUGCUCAAUGUCAGUGAGCUACCUAAAGAGACCAUAACAACCACAGCAGAUGAGAAGGAGAUGGAUGUGACCGUCAACACAGUGGAGGUACUUCCUAUGAGAGACUACAAAUCAAUCAGUAACGAUGUUUCUCAAUUAUUUCAUCAGAGACGAUGAGAAAUGAUGAGUUUGUUGUUCACAUAAGUCUUUGAUGACCUUCUAAUCCAACUCUGAUCUCAGAAACUCCAGUAGAUUUAAUAUUCACAAGCCAUAUCUGAUAAAUUUGAUUGUUUCUCAGAAUGCACAUUUAAGGAAUCUUUGGGAAUCAAAUGAAACUUAACAUCUCUCGUACUGUCAGUUUCUUAAGUAAACUUAUGUUUACAGUAAUGCUUUUACAAUACCACGAAGC